AUGUUGGCCGAAAAUUUCGAAGUUUCGCGACUAGCGAUUCCAGCCGUCAGCGUGCUGAUCAGCUUUCUCGCCUACACCUCGCAAUACUUCUUCCACAACUUCAAGCCCGCACCGCUGACACUCGACGAGGGCUGGGCUCUCAAUGUCUUCGCAUUAUGCAUUUGGGUCUGCUACUAUCGUGCAUGCUUUGUAGACCCUGGACGUCUUGAUCUAAAGGGCAAAUCGGUGGCCCCAUCCCGACAGGAGAAGGACCAGUCCACAGGGCGCCAACGAUGGUGUCGUAGAUGUGAGGCCUACAAGCCACCUCGGGCUCAUCAUUAUGGAUCACCAUUGUCCAUGGACUUCAAACUGCGUCUCAUACUUCACAUUCCCCACUUCUUCCGUUUUCUAUUUUAUACAGUCCUCGGAAUGGGCUAUCUGGAAACCCUUUUGUGGCAACGUGCAUCUAUAAUCUGGCACGAGAGGGAUAUGCCGAGCUACCUCGGUCCAUCGGUAGCACAACUAGUUCACUUGCUUCUUUUGAUCGUCGUGAACAGUGUGACCUGGCUUGGCCUAUUCAUUCUUCUGGUACGCACGAUCGGGACCAUCCUCUUCAAUACGACCACAAUUGAAUCCUGGGAAAUUGAGAGGCACGAAACUCUUGUUCGUCGAGCUCGAGUCUUAGGUGGCUCUCUUGAGGGCCCGGGAGGUGUCAAUAUCGUGAUUCGCAAGCAGGAAUUCCCUUACGAUAUCGGCAUAUUUUCAAACAUUGUACAAGCUAUGGGGGGAUACACUCAACGUGAUUGGUUCUGGCCAUUCGCCGCAAGUCCCGAUCGCAAUUCUGGAUGGACAUUCAAGACGAACGGAUUUGAGGAUGCUUCAGUGACAUGGCCUCCACCGGACCCAGACCGCAUACCCAUUCCCAAGGGAUCUUACUCCGUCAAUGAUCCCGAAAUUCCUCUAUCCUACGCUUCUGCUCGGGACCAAGUCGAAGCAUUUGAUCGUCGACAAGCAGCCGACUCGGAUCGCCUAAGGCCCUAUUCGACAGUCCAGAGACGCAAGCGCUUCCAUGAACGCUUUCAGGACGAGCCUAACUAUGACAGCGAUGAAGACCAGCCAGCAGGCCCUACCUACGGGAAUGAUUCAGAUGAAGGUGAAGAAUCGUGGCGAAAUUCAGAAGGUGAGCGCCUUGGCGAUUUUGGGGUUGACGAAGAUGUUGAAUUCUAUGAUGAAGAUGACAUUCCCCUUGGGGUACUAGUCGAGCAGCGCAGGGGGCGCCAAUAA